AUGGCUUCUUCAAUCUCCGAUGAAGUAACCGACGAUUUCUCUAUCCUAGGCCUUCGAGUUUGCAAAGACGACCGAGUCGACAGAUUCAAAGGCACCGAUAUAGUCCCUUCCUCAACUAAUCCAGAAACUGGAGUCCAAUCCAAAGAUGUGGUUAUCAAUCCAGAGACUGGCUUAUCUGCAAGGCUCUACAUCCCCAGAAUUCCCAACCCACACCGUAAACUUCCUCUUCUUGUCUACUUUCAUGGCGGUGGCUUCUGCAUCGAAACCGCCUUCUCUCCGCUGUACCACAACUAUCUCAAUUCACUUGUCGCUGAAGCCAACAUCGUUGUGGUCUCUGUUGAUUACAGAAGAGCCCCCGAACACCCUCUCCCAAUCGCUUAUGAUGAUUCUUGGGCCGCUGUCAAGUGGGUUGCUUCUCACUCCUCCGCCACCGUUGGCGAGGUAUGGCUGAAGGACUAUGUUGAUUUUUAUCGGGUCUUCUUUUCUGGAGAUAGUGCAGGGGCCAACAUAGCACACAACAUGGGAAUUCGGGUUGGGUUGGAAGGGCUGGAUGGAGUGAAGCUUGUUGGGAUUGUUUUAGUCCAUCCAUAUUUUGGAGGAAAUGACCCAAUUGGAAAUGAAGGCACUAACUUGAUUGGAAAAGCGUUUUCUGAUCAAUUAUGGGUGUUUGUUUACCCAUCGUGUAACGGAUCUGAUGACCCGUUAUUUAACCCGGUUAAGGAUCCCAAAUUUUUGAGCCUGGGUUGUGGCAAGGUGUUGGUAUGUGUGGCUGAGAAAGAUUUGUUGAAGGAUAGGGGUUGGUAUUACAAGGAGGAGUUGGAGAAGAGUGGGUGGGGAGGGGUGGCGGAGCUCAUGGAGGCUAAAGGGGAGGACCAUGUGUUCCAUUUGUUUAACCCGACUUGUGACAAUGGCUUUGGCUAA